AUGAGUGAGAGGAGAACACCAUCAUCGCACUCAAAGACAUUUGGAGCAACUUUUUCUACUCCCAGUGAAAUAUUCAAAAGAUAUGCUUCGCCAACUUUAAAAUCACCAGUGAGGAAGGAAACUUCUCUUGAAAACACAUCUUUGUAUAAUAGUAGUAACAACACUUUACGUUUGGAAAGUCCAACGAAAAGCCCAAGCUUGAUUAGAUACCAACCAAGAUUUGAAAGUCCUUCGGAAAGAGAUGACCAUCUUAAAUCACCUUCAAACCCAAGAGAAAAAAGCACUGGUGAUAAGAAUGUGAAGGAAAAUUUUGUUUUAUUGGAUCAAGAUGAUUUUUCACAAGGAAUAGAAGUAAUAAGGACUAAAAUUGACUCCAUAGAGGACGAAAUGAAAUCUAUGCAAGCUCAAUAUUCAAGAUUUCAAGAGAAAGUUAGUGGUAGUAUUGUUAAUUUGCAAAAAAACUUGGAUUCUUUUUUAAAUUCUAUUGAAUUUUCUACAGGAAAUGAUAAAAUGUAG